GACUUUACUUUACUUUACUUUUUUACUCUGAGGUGACAGUUUAAACUCCGGGUUCAUGAAAGCGUGUCACAGAAACUAGAUCUACAGAUCUGAAUGGAUUGAUUAAAGGUUACCAGUGUUAAUCAAAUGCUAAUUUAACUAUAAGAGGACUAAGUCUAACUCCUGACUUAUGAUGCCAGGAUAUUUCAUUCAUAUUUGGCUUUUUUUCUUUGCUGUAUUUGUGAGAGAAAUUAAAGUUGAAGAAGUGAAGAAGGGCCUAUACAGUCGUGUUGAGCUCACUGGAGAGAAACUUGAUCAACACACUGCUGAUUCUCUGAAGUCAGUGGAAUGGACCAAAGGAAAUAGAUCGACAACAUGUUUAUGUUUUAGACAAACAAAUACAACAUCCAGUGUUUCAUACAGUCAAUGCUGUGGAACGGCUCGUUUCUAUUUAAACAACAACACCCUGAUUCUGGAGAGCGUGACAGAAAGGGAUGAAGGAGUCUUCACUGAAAUUAUAGUUACAGGAGAUAGAACUGUAAAACGCCUAAACUUUACAUUAAUUAUUCAAUAUCCUCCAAAUGCAACAGGAAUUGUGGUCUCCUGGACCUCCAGCACAUCUGUGACUCUCAAAUGUGAAGUGAGCGGUUUAUUUCAGCAUCUGAUGUGGAAGAGAGAAGGAGUCCCUAUUCUAGAGAAACACAGACAUUCGUUCAGUGAGAGAAACCAAACUCUACACAUCAGUAACAUAACCAGCUCCGAGUACGGCACGUACAGCUGUAUUGCUUCAAACGCAUAUGGAGAAUCAGAAAAGCACACGUAUAUUACCGGAAAUGGCACUAGAGAUGAAACUCAGUCUGAUCAAACUGUGCUUUCAAGUGGACUUACACUCACUUGUGUUUUGGGACUGUGCCUCGUGUUCUACUGCCUUUACAAAUACCACCACAGGCAAAAAGCAGAAAAUGGCACAACUACAGAUGGAGGGGGAGCAACCAUUGACCUUGGUAUUUAUCAGGAAAUACCUGACUUUGGAGAGGUGACUCCUUUACCGUACGUCUACACAGACUUCAUUAAGCCGAGAGAGAGCAGUCAGGCCUCCGCUGCAGCGCAACACUUUGAGGAGUCUGGUUACUCUGUGGUCGGACCCUCCUGCAGGGAACCUGUCUCUAAUGAAGAGUCCACAGCGUUUGUCGAAGCUGGAGAGGAAUGACAACUGAAGUAAGAGACUA